AUGACUACGCUUAAAGAGAAACCUUCAGUCUCGGAACCUUCAUCACAACCAAUGGACGAGCCACUUUCUUUCCAGGGCGCCAACCCCCCAAACGUCGAACCAGAAGAGGCUCCUCUAGGUCUGUCCGUUGUGGCAGAGUCUUCUCGCCCAAAUAAGGGAAAGUCUCCACAGGUGGUGGGGCCACAGGUGGUGGAGCCAACUGGUGAUAUGCCACCUCCCAAGAUUGCUGAUGAGGAUGCUGAUGAGAUUGUACGUUCCGUCCAGGACUUGUUCACUUCCUGGGAGCAAGUCAAGACGUCUUGCCUUACUUCAACUGGGUCCUCUUCCCCUUCAUCUAUAACUAACUUGAAUUUUGGCAACUUGUUUUUGAAACUAGUCGUCAUCAUGUUCACCCCAAGUGGCUAUGGAAAAUGGUUUUCAUCUACUACCAUCUUCCUCUUAUCUUCGAACGGCUUGAAUUUAUGUUUAUCGCUUAGCUUUAUCUGUAUAUCCUUAUAUAGUUUAUCAAAUAUAAGGCUUGGCCACUAUAGGACAAAUAUACGUGUCUCCUUUGAUUAA